UAGAACAAAACAUCAACACUUUGACAGUUUGGCAUUGAACCAAAAAAUGAACAUAAUCGUUUCGAAUGUGAAGAUGAGCCCACAGUCUUAAUAGUUUCAGUCGUGCGGUUGGUUGGAAACUCAUAUUUUCCGCGUUCUUUAAUUUUCGUUUUUGAGUGAAAACUUUUAUCAACUCGGAAAUGUAAUAUUUCGCUGUGUGUGGGUGACUUUAUCAAAUUAAGCAACUGCCACUGUUAGUGAUACUGAAAUAAGAAGUUAAAAAAUUGAUAUACAAUAAAUAUGUCGAUAACAGCGAAACAAGUGUGCCUAAUUACGGCAUUAAUUGCUCUUAUCAUUUACUUUUACGGAAUUCUUGUGACGAUUACAUCAGUUGAGAAAAAUGAAUGCAAAAUGACGUAUAUGUUCGAAUAUCCGCAAUUUGUGAAAAUUCAUUUUCGUGAAAACGAAAAAUUUCCGAAAUACAAUUUAUUCGCCUAUUCGGAGGGACGAUUGACGGAAGCUGCGAGAAAUAUGCAAUUCAAUGGAGCGCCCGUGAUUUUCGUGCCCGGCAAUGCGGGCUCGUACAAACAGGCCCGUUCAUUUGCAUCGGUAGCGUUACGUAAAGGCAUCGAACAAAAUUGGCUCAAACAUCUGGACUAUUUUACAGUUGACUACGACGAGGAAUAUUCAGCAUUGUUUGGAGGUGUUUUGGACGAUCAGAGCAUAUAUUUGGAAUUGUGUAUAAAAGCUGUUUUGAAUUUGUACAAGGAUUUACCUAAUCCACCGACGAGUGUAUCGAUUGUGGCCCAUUCAAUGGGUGGAAAAGUCGCACAAAGCGUGUUAAUGAAUCGUGAAACGGCGAAACUCGUGAAUACAGUGAUUGCAAUUGCUUCGCCAAUCGAUAAGCCCGUGGUUAAUAUUGACUUCUAUAUGGAGGCAUUUUAUCGUAAAUCAAACAAAAUUUGGCUUGACCAUCGAGCACCAAAUCCAAAUGCAAUCAACAAUUUAACCAGCACCUGUUGCAAUGCCAGCAAUUUCAUUGAAUUCGAUUCAAGUACAAUUGAAUCGAGCGAAAUCAGUGCGAAUCAAUCAAAGCGAUAUUUUCUCAAUGAUAUAUUAUUCAUAACGGUUGGCGGUGGAAGUCGAGAUAUUUUAGUACCAUCAGGAUUGACCACUUCACAAUUCAGCGACAUCCAUGUGAUGUCAAGUUGCAUGCCUGGGGUGUGGUUGACCACCGAUCAUUUGGCGAGCGUUUGGUGUCUUCAACAAGUGUUGGUCAUUAAUCGAUUUUUAUACAGUAUCAUUUUACCGGUUUCACAUCGACAUCGCACGCACGACAAUGUUUUCGUUAGCGACAAAUCCAUUCGACUCUCUAAUGCAAAGCAUUAUCUCACGCAAGAAACAAUUCGGCCGAAAAACAAGCACGAUGUAAAUCUAAUCAAAAAUAUCGAUCAAAUUGGCGAAUGGGUCGAGGAUAAUCGAAGGGUUUUCUUUCAACAAUUUCAAAGUGGAUUGAAUCAAACAUAUAUUCAAAUGAUUCCAUUAAAUCGCUUUGAACACUAUCAGAUUCUAAAUGUGGAAGCAAUCAAUGUCGACAUUGAUGAUUGGGUCUUUGGUUGUAGUGCCGUUGAAAUUCAUGAACAUCAACGAUAUUGUUCGAUUGGACACUCGCUAACCCAUUAUGUCAAGAAACUUCCAUCAAAGCGUCACAGUCGCCGAGUUUUAAAACUUGAUUUACAUAAAAUUCAGGACGAUCAUCCGGAGUGGACGCAUAUAAUUUUGACUUUGUUGCCAACCAAAGAGCCGCUUCAAAUUAACGUUGACAUUCAUGCGGUUGCUGAACGACAGCUUACAUAUGAAAUGCCAUCUUGGUAUUCAUAUCAAACGCAUCAAAUCACCGAUCGAACAAUGUUGGGUGCGGUUGGUUAUCGAAUCAACUUCCCUGGAUUAGAUGAAUCGUAUCAGUCCGUUCAGUUGCACAUUCAAGCGCAUUGUCAAAAGCCAAAAUAUCAUAUUGUGGCUAAAGUAUGUGUACCGUGGACAAGAGGUUUUGAGCGCUAUCAUUACUUCACAGAAGAAUUGCAGACACCAUUCUAUGUCCAUACGCCAAUAACAAGACCUGCUGGAUACAAUACAACACUAUUUCCGCUUUCAGUUGAUUUACACUUGGAUCCAAAUUGUUACUAUACAAUUUCGGCAACGAAUUCGUUCGGUCAGACAGCGUCGAGAAUUUUCUUAGAGUUUUCUCACUGGUUACCUGCGCAUAUUGUGGCAAUAUUGCUGUUGGCUUUUAAAUAUCAAAUCAAAAUCACACCCGAUAAGGAAAUUUUCAAAUGUUCAUCGUUGAAUUCGGCUAUGUUGGCUGGUCAAACAUUUUUCAUUAUCACAGCAUCUCGUUUAGCCGUUCACGUAAUUAAAUGGAGUAAAACACUACCCGAUCCCGAUCAAUUCAAACAUUCAGUCGUUAUAUCGGUUAUAAUUCAUGGCGCUGCAUUGGCUACAUUGAACCUCAUAACGUAUGGCUUAUGGGUUUCGAUUGCACUUUGUGGAAAUGUGGCCCAUCAAUUUCUCUUCAAAUUAACACAAUGGCCAAUUUCAUCGGGCUUGGUGUUGCCGGCGAUACAAAAGUUUCCAAUCACCGUUGGUUUUGUACUUGUAUCAAUGGCAUGUGGUUCAUGCGGUGGUUUGGCUUUAAUUUGUGCCGUCCUUAUGUAUUUUAUUAUUCUAUCGAAAAUGUACGAAGAUUAUUUAGAGGAAUUUGUUUUCAAAACGGCCGCUCUCAUAACGGAAAAAUUAUUUGGCAAAAAACUCACCACCGAACCAAACACUCAAAAUAAUGUUAAUAUUACAACGCCAGCAUUGACUGGACAGGAAACUGCUCAAGAGAAACAAUUGAAUGACAAAAGCAAUAAAAAUGACAAAAACACAGCCACCAAGGAAGAAAGUACAAGUGAAAACGAUGCAAAGAAGAGUCAUGAGAAUGAAAGUGAAUCGAAAAAGGUUCAAAACGACGAAACAAAAGAUAAGAAAAAAUUGAAAAAACAAAAAGGUAAAAAGGUCGAAUUUGUGAAGACAAGUGAUGAUGACAAAACAAAAACACAAUCAAGUGAUGAACCAUCAACAUCGACAGAACCACUGUUGCCAAAGUCAAAGUCCGACUUAGACAUUAAAGAGGGAGCCGUAGUUGCGUCUAGUUCACAAGAAAGUUUCGAAGUUUUAUACAAUCAAUUAGAUCCAAGCGAUGUAGCACUGUUCAGCCGGCAAAAUGAACCGGAAGAAUUAACGGAGGAAGAACGAAAAGAAAUGGAAAAAUCUGAAGAAGAACUGGAAAAAUUGAUCUCACAAAUGGUCGAGCGGCAAAAAGUCGAAGAAGACAAACGAAAUAAAGAAAUGAAAAUCGCCCGUGCCGAAUAUGAUGAUGUACCAGAUGGCCUGAGUGCGAUUAAUUUUCACAUGACGCUGUUUUUACUUUUAUGUGUGUUGGCAUUACUGAAUAUACCAAGUGUACUUGUUUGGGCUCGUAAUUAUAAAUACGGUGAAAAAAUUCUACAACAUGAUCCAUCAUAUUUUCCUGCAAUUGCAUCGAUUGCAUCGCUGUCGGUCAUUUGGCAAUUACCAACACCGAGAAAUGUCCAUGGCUACGAACCGAUGUCUAGCUUAUGCUACGUAAUGGCAAUCAUUGCAGUGCUCUAUUGUCAGGAUUCAUUGUAUCGUUUAAACGCCAUCAUUUCAUCGAUGUUUAUCAUAAUUGCACUUCAACAAUUAUUCAUGCCAAAAUUGCUGGUGAAAAACGAACCAAAAGACGAAAAUGUUAUCGAUGUGGACUUAUUGGAACGGGUUCGUCGCUUGCGUGAAGACAUGUCCACAUCGGAACUAAAAGCACCACCACUCAAUAAAGAACCAAGCAGCCUGCCUGCCGGCCAGUAAGCUUAAAUCGUUUAUGCGGAGCUGUUCGGAAACUUCAAAUAGUCAAACUAUAUCAAGACAAGUAUUAAUCAGUGAUUUAGUUAAAUCUUUCAUGGCAGCGUCAAACAUUAGCUACUUUUUUUUAAAUACACAUUUUUUUUUAUUGAUGUCGUAAAAAUUUAAUUUAUUUACCAUAGAUGGUAAUACAAUGAAUUCGAUAUCUUAUAGUCAUGACAAAUUUUUGGAUAAUAUAUAUAUUACUAACUAAGAUAUUUAUGUAUUUGCACCAAAAUUUGAAAGAAUGGAUGAAUGGAAUUUUGUGAAAAUGUUGAACAAACCAUUAUUUUAUUCAGACUUGUUUCUUCUUCUUUAAAUUAAUCGUAAUUAGUUACAUGACCAUUUGAUUUAAGUAUUCUUAUUUGUUGCCAUUUGAAUUUUGAAGGAAUUUCUAUUAAAGAUAGUAUGAGUGCCUUAAGAAAUUCAAAAAUUGAUAUUACAAAUUAAGUGAAAUCGAUCAAAAUUCAUUUAAUCAGGAAUAAUUUUUCUUUGUUUUUGUAAUUGCGUCGUAUGCUAGGAAAUGAUGAGAUAAUACUAGAGAUAAAUAUCAUGUGUACACUGUACAGAUGUGAAAUGUCUUUAAAGAUAUUUUUGUGGUAUUGAAAAUAUCGUGAAAAAUUCCUGAUCCAAAUUUUAUCUUAAAGUUAUUGAUGCCAACUUCAGAUUCUUCUUGUUUUGGCCACAUUUUGUUUAAUACUUAGAACAAAAGUUGGUUUUAAUUUAAAUUUUUGGAGAAAUACACAGAUUAAUUAGUUGCAAAAUGAUUGUCAAUAUAUACUUAAGAAAAU